AUGACCCUUGUCAGCGCUUCACCCACUACCCUUGCAAACACCACACCAACACUCACGCCCGCCGCGGCAAAUACAGAUGUGUCCAAGAACCGGCUGUUCAAGUGGAUCCAACCCUACGGUCGUGUCCAGGUGAAUGGUGUCAUCCGCUGCUUCAGCAUCGUCAAGCGGGGGCUUGUCUCGCAGCACACGGUGCAGACAAGCUACAAGCAGGGCCUGGACAAGCCGUCCCCAGGCAGCAAGAUCAUCUUUUGCACGCCCAUCCCCCACAAGCUUAACUCUGGCACCCUUGACGUGCUCAAGCGCAGGUUUGCGGCCGCACUGAGGUCUGUCACCCGGCACAGGGACGACGUGUGGAUCUUCAUCAGCCAUCUGCCCGAACGUCCUAUUGACCAACAAGAGGACAACGACGACGAUGAGUAG